UGAAUUCAGGCAAGGUAUAUCACUGUAAAGCUACUAUCAUCGUAAAUUUGGUGAGAAUUGAACAAAAAACCUUUUGCUAUAAAAAUAUGAAAUUAAACCAUUUGGUGUACGUUUUUGUCUGUUUGGACACGUACGAGGCCUCAUCGAAAGGCGAGCCAAUAACAUUUCUUUUCCACAACUCGACGACUUUUUUCGUUCCAAAUGAUACAUAUCGCCUGCGUGUGCUCGCUGUUGGAGGAGGGGGAGGCGGGUGCGGCGGGAUAAUGAAAGGACUGGGUAGGAGUGGUGAUGUAGCAGUAAAAAUUGUUCAUGUCAGCGGACCAGCGGCCAUCAAUGUGUCUGUGGGACUCGGAGGAUUAGGCGCUGAAGGCCACAGUGUAAAAUCGAUAUCCAAUGGAGGAUCUUCUCAUUUUGGCAACUACUUCACUGUCCCUGGAGGUCCUGGGUGUUCAAAGAGUAAAUCUGAAUACAACCUAAGUCACCUCAAAGGAAUAAGACACCUGCAGAUGAGCAAAAUAGUUAAAGGUGUGAAUGGCGUGUCUGACAGCUCUGGUCUUAAAGGUGGAGAGGGUGGAAUUCUUAUCAAUGGCUCUGGACCCUCAGGGAACAAGGGAGGAGGUAGCACUUCAGCAUUAGGAGGAAUUGGCUACGGAGCAGGAGGUGGAGGUGGAGGUGCACUGUACUUACACAGUGGAUCUCUAAUUUAUCCUGGAGGAAUGGGCGCUAAGGGUGUUGUCUACGUGGAAAUGCUACAUUCCGUCUGUUCAAGCCCAGCUCAUAUAGUCUUUGCAGUGGAAUCGCGUCAUUCUCAGAGCGAGUUUGAUGAACAGUUAACCUUCAUACAGCACAUUAUCAAGUCCUUUCAGAUAUCUCCUGAUAACGUCCGCGUUGCUUUGAUAACGUACGGGAAUGAAGUCCAUCUUCAAUUUGGAUUUCAUGACUUCAAGGACUCUAGCAACCUUUUGAAGGGGGUUGCCAGCAUCAUGAAUGAUUUUAAGGAGAGUUCAGAGGUGCAGUUCGCUAAACUAUACGAAACAGCGCUGAUAACCUUUGACGCCGAAGGAAGAACAAGUACACCAUUGUCUAGGGUGUUAAUUGUGUUUACUUUUGCUAAAAACGCCACUCAAAACGAUUCGAUGCACAACUUGGUCAGCAGCGCUGGGAAUAAAGGCAUUUUGAUGUCAGUAGUUGCAAUGAGAAACACAAGCAAAGAAGAAGACUUUCUGAGUCUGGUAGAGGACAAGCAAAACGUGUUUACUGAAGGAACGACUAAUAUCACAAACGACGUUCCUUGGAUUGUCGAUCUCAUUUGUCAAGGACCAACAGCAAGAAAAUCUGACAUCAGCUCAACAAAUGUCAGUCCCGUUCCAUCAACGUUAGAAGUUGUAACAAGUUCCAGUUCAUCGAACGUUACAAGCCUGUACUGGCACACUCCGUCACUUUUUGCCGAGAAUAUCUCCACAGAAACUGUUUACAGACACAAUUUUACAGUAGCGACCAUUACCGUGAGUGCAACUGUCCCUGUUAAGGCGACUACCCACAGUCAGAAUGGCAAUCAACGGACGGUGGAGGAACUUGAGGAAGAUCUUGAUGAUGUUUUAAAUUUUAAUGUUUCGUCGAUCGACCCGGGUGAUAUCGUCAAAGUUAAGGCAUAUGCUGUUUCCUAA